AUGACAACUGAAAAUCUAAUCUAUCUUCUUCUUAGAAUUGGCCUUCUUUGUUCAUCUCCAGAUAAGAUUCUGCAACUCUCCUUCUUCUCCCUCUCUUCCUCCAUUCUCAGUGCUGCUUAUCUGAGCAAUAAUGGCUUCCACGGCAAUGUUGAACUCACCUUGUAAUGUUGGAGCUGUAAAGUUUGAGGUGAAACUGAAGCCAUCGCCAAAUUUGUUGUGUGCACGGCCUUCUGUUAAAUUGAAUCAAAGGAGGGUGUUGACCAUUAGAGCUAGCAAGGAAGAGCAUGAUAAUGGGUCUGGCUCAGGGCCCUUGAAAAAGAUGGGCUUGACUGAUGAGGAGUGUGAGGCUGCUGUAGUUGCCGGAAAUGUGCCUGAAGCUCCUCCGGUUCCACCAAAGCCGGCUGCACCUGCCGGUACCCCUAUUGUGUCUUCACUGCCAAUCAAUAGGAGACCACGUCGUAAUCGUAGGUCGUCAGCAGUAAGAGCUGCAUUCCAGGAAACAAAUAUAAGCCCUGCGAAUCUUGUAUAUCCACUAUUUAUUCAUGAGGGUGAAGAGGACACACCUAUUGGAGCAAUGCCUGGAUGUUAUAGGCUUGGAUGGAGGCAUGGUCUUGUUGAAGAGGUCGCAAAGGCCAGGGAUGUGGGUGUCAACAGCAUUGUGCUCUUCCCAAAAGUUCCAGAUGCUUUAAAGACCUCUACAGGAGAUGAAGCUUACAAUGACAACGGAUUAGUGCCUCGAACAAUACGUUUGCUGAAAGACAAAUACCCUGAUCUUGUUAUCUACACUGAUGUUGCUUUGGAUCCAUAUUCAUCUGAUGGACAUGAUGGCAUUGUCAGAGAAGAUGGGGUUAUCAUGAAUGACGAGACUGUGCAUCAGUUGUGCAAGCAGGCAGUUGCUCAGGCCAGAGCAGGAGCAGAUGUUGUCAGUCCGAGUGACAUGAUGGAUGGUCGUGUUGGAGCAAUUCGAGAAGCUCUUGAUGCUGAAGGAUUUCAGCAUGUGUCAAUCAUGUCCUAUACGGCAAAGUAUGCAAGCUCCUUUUAUGGACCUUUCAGAGAGGCUUUAGAUUCAAAUCCACGUUUUGGAGACAAGAAAACUUAUCAGAUGAACCCCGCAAAUUACAGAGAAGCAUUAGUUGAGAUGCAAGCAGAUGAGUCUGAAGGAGCUGAUAUUCUUCUUGUUAAACCAGGUUUGCCUUAUUUGGAUAUUAUUAGGCUUCUUCGGGAUAAAUCUCCUUUGCCCAUAGCUGCCUAUCAGGUCUCAGGUGAAUACUCGAUGAUUAAAGCAGGUGGGGUUCUGAAAAUGAUUGAUGAAGAAAGGGUUAUGAUGGAAUCAUUGAUGUGCCUUCGACGAGCUGGUGCUGACAUCAUUUUGACCUAUUUUGCUCUGCAAGCCGGUAGAUGCCUGUGUGGAGAGAAGAGGUAAAAGCUAGCCGAAUCAUAAAAGGAAUUCAUGUACGAAGAAGAUUUUCGAGUGAACUUUGUAGAUUAGUUGAUGUGAGUUUGAUUUUCAAAAAGUAGCAGAAUUGACUAUUAGUCGAGGGUCUAUCGGAAACAGACUCUCUACCUCACAAUGGUAGAGGUAAGGUCUGCAUACAUCCUACCCUCUCCAGACCCCACUCGUGGGAUCACAUUGGGUAUGCUAUUGUAAUUGACUACGUUGUUUCUGUAUUGUGUUAUUUUCUUGGCUACUCAAGCGGCGAAUGUGUUUAGGAUUAUUUGAUGUGAGCUUGAUUUAGAGGGAGAGUAUAUUCUCUUUGUAACCAUUUUGUGUAUUUGCUAGCUCAACAUUAUAAGUUAUUAAUAAAAAAAAAAAUUUAAAAAUGAGUUAAUUGUUUCAACUUCCAA